AUGGCGAAGAACGCGCCCGACAUGGCCUGGAUGCGAUGCGUGGGGAUCACCAUGGGAUUCCCCGUCGAGGGCCUGCCCGUGGACAUCUCCUCUCGCCUCACGGCCUUUCACGCCCUCCGCAAGAAGUUGAUGAAGAUGGCCCUGGCCAUGCUGUCGACCGGCCUGAGCGCACUGAGGAUCAUAUUUGCCCCGAAGCUGCUCGUGAAGAGGCUCCUGCUGGUGGCCUCCCUCCAGGUCUUCGCCGCCAUCAUCGCCAAACUAUACAGCAUUCUGCACUUCAUCUACUACGAACUAGGCUCGCGCCAGCAUUCCCUGAGGCGAGAGAUGAAGAAAGCCCCCGCCUAUGCCGAGUGGGCCAAGUUGGCCAAGGAGCUCGACGAGGUGGUCGGCAACGAGAAGUGGAAGACCGAAAAGCAGUCGCCCUACUUUGACCACGAGCUGAUCGAGCAGAAGACCGAGCUGUUCAACCACCUCAUGCAGACCAACGAUGCCGAGGGUCUCAUGUGGCACCUGCGGAAGGGCCUGCUUCGCAGGCAAGGCGGCGUUGGGCAUGCCGACCUGUUCUCCCGCUCGCACGUCGGCACCAAGUAUGUGGUCGAGGAAUACAUUGACCAGGAGGACUCGACCGAGGAGAUGAUACUGAAGCGGAAGCUGCGCUUCUUCCUGGAGAUGCGCCACUCGCUCGGGCGUUCGGCGCUCUUGCUCUCGGGCGGCAUUACGCUCGGCAUGUACCACUUGGGCGUGGUGAAGGCCCUGCACACCAACGGCCUUCUGCCCCGCGUCAUCUCGGGCUCCUCGGCCGGCUCCAUCGUAGCCGCCGUGGUGGGUUCCGUCACCGACGAAGAAAUGCCUAACAUUUUUGUUGAGGGUUACCUGAAUCUUAACUUCUUCGAGAAGAAAGAGGCUGAGUCGAAGCAGGGCUUCAUGUCGAGCUCCUUCGCGCGCAGGACCAAGCGAUUCUUCACCCAGGGCACUCUGCUCGACAUCAACGUGCUCAAGCACACCCUGCAGGCCAACCUCGGCGACAUCACCUUCCUGGAGGCCUACCAGCGCACCGGGCGCAUCGUCAACAUCAGCGUCACCCCCGCCUCGAAGAACGAGUACCCCACGCUGCUCAACUACCUCACCGCCCCGCACGUACUCAUGUGGUCCGCCUGCCUGGCCUCGUGCGCCAUUCCCUUCGUGUUCGAAUCGGUCGCGCUCAUGGCCAAGGACAAGAGCGGUAAUAUCGUGACCUACUACCCCGAGGGUCUCACCUGGCAGGACGGUUCGCUGGAGUUGGACCUCCCGAUGGUCAAGCUCGCCGAGAUGUUCAACGUCAACCAUUUCAUCGUGUCGCAAGUCAACCCUCACGUCAUCCCCUUUUCUACCAUCGGUUGGGAGCUCAACCCGCUCACCAAGCUGAUCCACUUCACCAAGGCGGAGCUGAAGCACUACGCCCAGAAUGUGGCCGCGGUGGGCCUGCCGGGUCCGAUAUCGUCUGUGCUGUCGAUCUUCACGCAGAAGUACGAGGGCGACAUCACCAUCAAGCCCCUGAGCCUGCAGCUCAAGAGCUUCCAGGGCCUCCUCUCCAACCCCACGUCGGCGAGAGUCGCUGCGGCCAUCAGGGAGGGCGAACUGGAGACGUGGAAGCACUUGUCCAUCAUCAAGAACCACUGUGACAUCGAAUUCACCAUCAACGAGUGCAUCGGCACCAUAAAAUCGCAGCUUCAAGCGGUGGAGGGACGCGAGGGUCCGAGGAAGACACUGGCCGAGGAGCUGGUGCUGCGACGAGAGUUCUCCGCCGUCGCCAUUCCCGGUCACGACAUGGGCUCCUCGUACUACAGCUACCCACGCGACGAGAGCGACGACGACGACAGCGCCUAG